AUGAAGUACACACUUACCGCUCUUGCCCUUGCCGCUGUAACGGUUGCUGCCCCGACAAACCAAGCACCCGACUCGUUCAAGAUCACUAAAGUCGUCUCCGGUGGCUCAGGUUGCCCCCAAGGCAGUAUUGAUAUUAACUGGACUGAUAACGGCAUUCUGCCCAUUUACUUCAACAAGCAAUUCACCGCUCGCGUCGGUACGGGAAAAGUCGCAGAAGACUCACGAAAGAACUGCCAAAUCAACCUCGGUCUGGAGUUCUCCCCCGGUUUCUCUUUCGCCAUCUUCAGCGCAGACUACACUGGCUGGGGCGACCUUGACGGUGGUGUGACUGGCGUGAUCAAGUCGACGUACUAUUUCUCUGGUCAGCAAAGCCAGUCAUCGUCAGCACUUAGCAUCGAUGGUCCCUUCCAUGGCAAAUACUACAAGCAAGACAACGUUCCAGCUGCAGUCUGGUCACCGUGUGGUAGCGAUGCCCUGUUCAACAUCAACAGCGAGGUAGCGCUGACGCCAUUUGCUACGCCAGCCAAUGGUGUGCUUGCUGCGACGCGCGAGGCUGGUCGCUUCACAUCAAAUCUCUAUGUACAGUGGAAAAAGUGCUAG